CUGAGUGAUGACGUGUACUCCUCCGGUUUUGGGUCUCGGUGGUGUUUACGGCUAGCUGCUAGCUGAAAGAAAGAUGCGGCAGGCAAAGCUGCAGGAAUAGGAGUAGUAUUUCACACAUCGCUUUCACAAUGACCAACAGGACAUCUUAUUUUUAUGACCCGGACGUGGGCAACUUUCAUUACGGUGCUGGCCACCCCAUGAAGCCUCACCGUCUGUCUCUGACACACAGUCUGGUGUUGCACUAUGGACUCUACAAGAAGAUGAUGGUUUUUAAGCCGUACAAAGCCUCACAGCAUGACAUGUGUCGCUUCCAUUCUGAGGACUACAUCGACUUCCUGCAGAAAGUCAGCCCCAACAACAUGCAGGGCUUCACAAAGAGCCUCAACACAUUUAACGUGGGAGACGACUGUCCGGUGUUUCCAGGUCUGUUUGAGUUCUGCUCAAGAUACACAGGAGCAUCUUUACAGGGAGCAACGCAGCUCAACCACAAGAUCUGUGACAUCGCCAUCAACUGGGCAGGAGGUUUGCAUCAUGCUAAAAAAUUUGAGGCAUCUGGGUUUUGUUACGUAAAUGACAUCGUCAUCAGCAUACUGGAGCUUCUCAAGUACCACCCCAGGGUUCUGUACAUUGACAUCGACAUUCACCAUGGCGACGGCGUCCAGGAAGCGUUUUACCUGACAGACCGUGUCAUGACCGUGUCCUUUCACAAGUAUGGCAACUACUUUUUCCCUGGCACAGGUGACAUGUACGAGGUGGGGGCGGAGAGUGGCCGAUACUACUGCCUCAACGUUCCUCUCAGAGAUGGCAUUGAUGACCAGAGCUACAGGCAGCUGUUCCAGCCGGUUAUCAAGCAGGUGGUGGAUUAUUACCAGCCCACCUGCAUCGUCCUACAGUGCGGAGCAGAUUCUCUGGGCUGUGACCGACUGGGCUGCUUCAACCUUAGCAUACGAGGACACGGUGAGUGUGUGGAGUUUGUAAAAAGUUUUAAGAUCCCUCUGCUGGUUCUUGGAGGAGGAGGAUACACGGUGAGGAAUGUGGCUCGCUGCUGGACUUUUGAAACGUCUCUGUUGUUGGAGGAAUCCAUCAGUGAUGAGCUGCCUUAUAGCGAAUAUUUUGAGUACUUUGCUCCUGACUUCACGCUGCAUCCUGAUGUCAGCACCAGGAUAGAAAACCAGAACUCCAGACAGUACCUGGAGCAGAUCCGUCAGACAGUAUUUGAGAACCUGAAGAUGCUGAACCACGCUCCGAGUGUCCAGAUCCACGACGUUCCCUCCGAUAUGCUGAGCUACGAGCGCAACGAUGAGCCUGACCCCGAUGAGAGGGGAGCAGAGGAAAACUACACACGGCCUGAAGCAGCAAACGAGUUCUACGAUGGUGACCAUGACAACGACAAGGAGAGCGACGUUGAAAUCUAAGACUAGAAACCCUACGGCUUCACCGAGACAAACGAAAUGGACUGUGCUGAAACACGCUGAACUCGUGCCAACAACUGUUCCUCCACAACUCAAAUUAACGGCAGGUUGCUGAGAUUUUCUCACCACUGUAAGACGUUUUUCUGAUGGACUCUUGACAUUUUGGUAAAUGUUCACAAAGUUUACUUGUGUCUUUUCUCCAUGUAGUCUUGAUUUAAAAAAAAAAAAAAAAAAGGUGGUCUGGUUUUGUAUCUGAAAGGUUAGGUCUAUUGACGAUUCCUGAAUUUCAGAAGCCAACGCUCCCAUCCAACCAUUACUAGUUCUGAGGAAUCUGAAUCAUCUGUUUUUAACUGAACCCAGAUUGAGGCUGCUGGACUGGGGCCAGUCCAGCCAAAAACGGGUCUCCUGCCUUUUUAGAUCAUCUGUUUAAAGUUGCCUCCCAUAAUUUUUCUAGUGAUUUAUUAAUGGGAAAGACAUGGGGUUGACCUGUGUAAUUGUAACAAGCUCUGUACAGUUCUGUUUAUGGUGUUAAAAGAAAAACUUUGUAUCUCCUGCAGUCCAAUCAACCCAUGUGAGAUUUGAUAGUUUGGUUUUAAUAAAAAAACUAAAUCA